AUACCAUAUAUAAAUCAUAUGGUCUACAUACAACACUAGUAUCCUCAUCCGUAUUAAAAAAAUGAGUUCCUCGAACACAUAUAGCUACAAAUAUAGAGAUAUGACUUUGGGGUUUGAGCGCAUUGCAGAAUACCUAACAGGCAUAGAUGUCAAUGACGUCGUCGUCAUGUACUUGGUUACUAGUUGUUUUAUAGACAACUAGUUGAUUAAACCUUUUCUUUUAACAAUUAAACAAACCAACCUUUAUAUAUUUCUUCAACUUUUAUUUUAUAUAAAAAAAUAGCCAAUAGGUGUGGUGGUGAAAUGACUCGGUAACCAAUGAAUCCUGGUGAAAGGGAAGAGCCAAGAAUUUGCAGAACCUCAAAGGAAAAAAAAAGGACCUUUGAAAAUUACAAAAUCAAGAACUUCUUGAAAAGAAGUAAGUACAAGAAAUAGAAAAAGGAGUUAUGACAUUAUAAAACCAAAGAGGAACCUGAAACAAUUGACACAACCCUAUUCCUCAACUUCUUCUCUCUUAUGUCUUAUCAAAAGCCUCUCACCCACCGCCUCUGUUCCUGCUCCUCUUAUCAACCAUAGAAAUUCUCUCUCUCUUCCCUAUAUACAAUACAAUGUUAUGUAGGUGAUACAUACUAUAACAUAGUUGUAUAUAAACAUUAAUAUAAUGGAGAGGUCCCAUGCCCCCACGAGUUUUGUUUUGUUGGCCAGCUAAUUCGCAUCCUUUUUGUUUUGUUUGUAUAAGAGAGUUUCUUUGUUACUUACUAUAACCACAAGACCACAAGAAGGCCAAAGAGAGGCUAAACUAAAAGAGCUCUCUUUCUAAUUUAUUUCUCUCUCUUCUCUUCUCCCGAAAAGCCCUUAAUAAGCUUUUGCUUUGAUAUCAGAUCUCUCUUACGGCUUUUGAGAUGCGUGCUCCUUUAGGGCUUUCCUUUUAUACCCCAAAACGAGGCCUUUCCUUCUUCUCUCAUCUCCUAAUUCUACCCUCUUCCUCUUCCUCUUCCUUCUCUCUCUCUUCUCAUUCUCCUCAUACGCUAUAAGGAGAAAAUCUCAGAGAGAGAGUGAUGGCGAACAAUGAGGGAGAGAUGCAAUGUGGGUCCAUGUUGUUUAAGCAAGAGGAGCUACAAGAGAUGAGUGGGGUCAAUGUUGGUGGCGAUUACGUUGAGGUCAUGUGUGGUUGUACCAGUCACCGAUACGGCGAUGCUGUUGCUAGACUUAGGGUUUUCCCCACCGGUGACCUUGAAAUCACCUGCGAAUGCACACCUGGUUGCGAUGAAGACAAGUUGACACCAGCUGCAUUCGAGAAGCAUUCUGGAAGAGAAACGGCAAGGAAGUGGAAAAACAAUGUGUGGGUUAUCAUUGGGGGCGAAAAGGUUCCAUUGUCAAAGACAGUAUUGCUCAAGUACUACAAUGAAUCAUCAAAGAAGUGCAGUAGAUCAAACAGAUCACAAGGUGCCAAAGUUUGCCAUAGAGAUGAGUUUGUUGGGUGUAACGAUUGUGGUAAAGAGAGGAGGUUCAGGCUGAGGAGCAGAGACGAAUGCCGCUUGCACCACAAUGCAAUGGGUGAUCCAAACUGGAAAUGCUCAGAUUUCCCAUACGACAAGAUAACAUGUGAGGAGGAAGAAGAGAGAGGGAGCAGGAAGGUGUACAGAGGGUGCACACGUUCACCUAGUUGCAAAGGCUGCACUUCCUGCGUCUGUUUUGGCUGCGAGUUAUGCCGUUUCUCUGAGUGUACUUGCCAGACUUGUGUCGACUUCACCAGCAAUGUCAAAGCUUGAAGAAGGCAGUCCAUUAAGAAAAGAAAAAAAAAUGUCUGUCUCAGACUUUGUUCGUUGCAUUUAAUAACUUAUUCUAAAACUCCAAACAGUUAAUUAUCUUAUCUAUGGGUUGUGAAUGGAGCAAUUGAAAAAAAAGUAGAAAAAGUUGAUUUCCAAGAAGAACAUGCAGACGAGCAUGCCUGAGUUUAGUGCAUGUCUAGAUUUUUGGCUAGUGGCAGGGAAAAGUGUUAUUAAUAGUUUGUUGUUACUCUUUAUUUUAUUAGCUGUUGACAGCUUUGUGAGACGAAGUUGUCAAUGGCACAGCUACUCGGUCUGUGAUUUAGCCAUUUAGGAGAUGGGACAUGGAAAGAGACAUUUUCUUAAUACCCAAAAAGCCCUGACGUCUUGUUUUGAACACAGUAACCAUAUGGGAUCCCUUAAGUGAUGUAUACUUUUAUUAUCAACAACAAACAUUAGAAUC